AAAAAAAGGGGCAAGCAAGCAAGCUAGGGAUUGCGUUUCUAGGGUUCGGAUCGAAGAACUGAUAAACGUAAUCUCCGACAAGAGAUGGCGAUGUCUGUGCAAUCAACGGAAGGCAAAAGGGCCUUGGGGUCAACCUCUGAUGAGAAUUCUGUGGUGCUGAAAAGUAGUUCUACCCCUGUACGUGUGAAUGGACAAUCCUCUUUGCAGAAAGAGAUAAAGAAGGAGACCCGUCUUGGCAUCUCGACAAAGAAAGACGAGGACUUUGGCAAGUGGUAUUCUGAGGUAUGUAGAUGCGGUGACAUGCUUGACUACUACGAUAUAAAGGGCUGCUACAUUCUCAAGCCACCCGCUGUGAAGGUUUGGGGUAUUCUGCGAGCUUUCUUUGAUGCUGAAAUUGAGAAGAUGGGCGUGGAGGAAUACUAUUUCCCUCUGUUUGUGUCUCCUUCUUGUCUUGAGAAAGAGAAGGACCACAUUAAAGGGUUUUCUCCUGAGGUUGCUUGGGUUACAAGAGCUGGCGAAUCUGAGCUGUCUAUACCCAUUGCUGUACGCCCAACCAGUGAGACUGUGAUCUACCCUUACUUUAGCAAGUGGAUUAGGGGACACCGUGAUCUUCCAUUGAAGAUUAACCAGUGGGUUAAUGUUGUUAGGUGGGAGUUUAGCGACCCUAUUCCAUUUAUCAGGAGCCGUGAGUUCCUUUGGCAGGAAGGGCACACCGCUUUCGCCACCAAAACCGAGGCAGAUAAGGAGGUGUUUGAUAUUUUGCAAAUCUACAGCGACAUUUACGAGAAACUCCUUGCCGUCCCUGUUAUAAAAGGGAUCAAGAGUGAGAAUGAAAAGUUUGCCGGUGGACUUUACACCGCCACCGUCGAGGCUUUCAUCCCAAGCUCUGGCCGUGGUAUACAAGCUGCAACCUCUCAUUCUUUGGGACAAAACUUUGCCGAGAUCUUUGGCAUCUCCUUCGAAAAUAAGGAGAGGAAGUUGGAAAAGAAGGAGACUAAGAGAUCACUAGUGUGGCAGAACUCGUGGGGUAUCAGUACCAGAUCGAUUGGUGUCAUGGUUAUGACCCAUGGAGAUGACAAGGGCUUGGUAUUCCCUCCUUUGGUCGCACCUGUUCAAGUCGUUGUGAUACCCGUUCCUUUCAAUGGUUUCGAUGUCAACAUAAUCUAUGAAGCAUGCGAGGCUGUUAAAUCCACCUUGCUCGCUGCUGGAAUCCGCGCUAAAUCAGAUAACCGCGACACCUAUGCCUGCGGCUGGAAGUAUGCUGACUGGGAACAAAAGGGUGUCCCAUUGAGGAUCGAAAUUGGUCCCAGGGAUCUUGCUAAGAAUCAGGUGAGAAUAGUGAGGCGUGACAAUGGUGCGAAGGCUGAUCUCCCGAGAGGAGACCUGAUUGAACAAGUUAAGGACAUGCUCGGUAAAAUCCAGCAAAGCCUCUUUGAUGCGGCCAAGAGAGGUAAGGAUGCUUGCACUCAAAAGGUUGAAAACUGGGACGAUUUCAUGGAGGCUCUCAGCCAGAAGAAACUGAUCUUAGCUCCCUGGUGUGACGAAGUUGAAGUGGAGAAGCUUGUUAAGGAGCGUACCAAAACUGAAACUGGAGCAGGAGCGAAGACUCUAUGCACCCCUCUUGAGCAGCCUGACCUCAACGAAGACACUCUAUGCUUUGCGUCAGGAAAGCCGGCAAAGAAGUGGAGCUACUGGGGCAGGAGUUACUAAAGCUUUCGUGCUCCCUAUUAUGAGUGUUGCAACACUCUUUCGUGCUCUCUGUGUGUGUGGUGGUCCAGUCGCAAACUCAUUACUAUUGCCAUGAUGUUGUUUUAUCGUGCUUUUGUAUUAUUAGACCUAAACUUGUUAUUCCUGUCUUCUUGACAAUAAAGUGAAUGUGUGUGUUAUAUAAAGUGUUUCUUUU